GUAUUGGAGUUUGUGCAUUUUUCUCAUUGUUUUCUACAAGUAAUUUUAACCCCGGUUACAAUUCAGGCUAUGUGUCUAGGCCUUAGAUUGCAAGGUGCAGAAAGAAAUGAUUUUGAUGAUAGAAAGUGUAUGAGUGACAAAUUUAGAGGGGUGGGAAUCAAGGGUUCUGAGGAUUUGAGCUUACUUGGUAGUCAGAAGAAUCAAAACCCUAGCUUUGAUGACUGUGAUGUGUCUGAAGAGUCAGAUGAAGAAGAGGAAGAAGAAGGGGUGUGGGUGGCUGAUGGACAGUGGCGCUACUGUCGUGACCCAAUUGUGUGUUAUGCAAUGCUUGAAGUCCUUAGUAGGAAAAAAUUGUGUCAGGGUGCUAAACGGGUUCCUCUAGCGGCAUAUAAAGUAGCUUGUCAUAUGUUCAAUCGAAAUCUUAUUCCUGAUUUGAAGUUAUGUGGGAAGGUGAGUAAGAAACUUACAUUAGAAGGAAAAUUGGAAGAAGCGGAUGAGCUUAUGUUACAAUUUGUUGAGCGUGGACACCUUCUGUCUCAGUGUGAAAGAAUUCUGCAAUGAUAUUUAGGGUUGUUUUGUUUCAAACUGCUGUGGAAACUGCCUUGAUUCUCUGCCAUUCUUCCCAUGACAUUAGAAUCUCUCCCUUCAAAGUUAAGAACCUUGAAAGAACUAAAUCCCAGUUCCCUCCCAACAAUUUAUGUGGCUUUAAGGUAAGCCCUUCUUUUUGGAUUCCGUUACGGGUUGCCCAAAGUUUAUUAUGUUUACUUCCAUGGAUUGCUUUCAGAUAUUUUGUUGUUGUUGUUUUAGUUGAAACUUAAAAUUUUUUAACAUACCGUAGAAUAGAACAUUGUUUCAAGC